UCUCUAGUUAAGUGGCAUCUCUGUCCAGCUAGCUCAUCUCUCUCUCUCUCUCUCUCUCUCUGUCUUACGCACUGUGUUCAUCUCUCCAUCCCCGAGUUUGUCUGACGGCGUUUCCUCGUCUCACCGUCCAUCUUGUCUCCUCUGACUGUUGACCAUCAUGUUGGGACGCGCUCUCCUGCAGACCUCUCUGGUCCUCUGGCUGGUACAGCACACCCUGCAAGGAGGCGUAAGCAGACCUCAGAAUGGUGCCUUGGGAAGACUGAUGCCAAGAGGGCGUGGUGGCUAUGGGGGCAAAGCCGGUGGUUAUCCAACUGCUGCCCUUGGUGCAGGAGGAUACAGAAAUGGAAAUGGCCGUGGCAUGAAGCAAGGAGGCUAUGGAGCAGGAGCCGGUCUGGGAGUUGGAAUGGGCCUGAGCAAUGGACUGGGAGCCGGUCUGGGAGCAGGCAAACAGGCAGCUAGAGGUUAUGGAAAUGGAAUGGGUGCUUACCCUGGUGCUGGGGCUGGGUACGGUAGCUACCCUGGAGCAGGUCGCGGCACUGCAGGAGGGAGCUAUCCCACUGGCCAGGGCUCAAAGGCCCCUAAACCGGGUAGCCGACCAGGACCUGGAGUGGCUGGUGGCCAGGGACCUACUGGCAAUGGAUAUGGUCGUGGAACAGGCAGGCCCACAGGACAGGGCUCCAAGCCAUCUAAAGCUGGUAAUGGAGGUGGAGGUGCUUUGCCUUUUGGACAGGGGCAGAAGGGGAAUGGAUAUGGUCCAGCCCCGGCUAUUUCCAAUGGAAAUGGAGCCAAAGGCAAUGGGUAUGGCCCAGGUGCAGGACCCACCAAUGGACAGGGGCCUGUAAGCAAUGGAUAUGGGCCAGCACCAGCUGUUUCCAAUGGACAGGCACCUAUAAGCAACGGAUAUGGCCCUGGACCAGCGGUUUCCAAUGGACAGGGAGGCAAACCCUAUGGAGCUGGAGGGCCUGGUGGCCAGGGGGGAAAGCCUUCAAAGACUGGAUAUGGGCCAGCACCAGCUUUUUCCAAUGGACAGGCACCUAUAAGCAACGGAUAUGGCCCUGGACCAGCGGUUUCCAAUGGACAGGGAGGCAAACCCUAUGGAGCUGGAGGGCCUGGUGGCCAGGGGGGAAAGCCUUCAAAGACUGGAUAUGGGCCAGCACCAGCUUUUUCCAAUGGACAGGCACCUAUAAGCAACGGAUAUGGCCCUGGACCAGCAGUUUCCAAUGGACAGGGAGGCAAACCCUAUGGAGCUGGAGGGCCUGGUGGCCAGGGGGGAAAGCCUUCGAAGACUGGUUAUGGACCUGGUGCAGCUUACCCUGGAGCUGUCGGCAAUGGCUAUGGAGGUUUGGGACAGGGUGGAUACCCCAUGGGGGGCCGUGGAGGCAAGCAAGUAGGUUACACUGAUGGCAUGGGAGGAUAUCCUGGCGCCGGCCUCGGUGACGGCAUGGGCCCUGGUCUUGGAGGACCAGGUGCAGGAGCCAAACCUCUGACUUCAGGUUAUGCUAAUGGAUACACCAAUGGUAAUGGCUAUAUGAAUGGAGCUGGUGGAUACCCAGUGUUAGCCGAUGGGGCAGGGAUGGGAAGCAAAGCAGGGAAGGGACCAGGUGGCGCUAGUAUGGGGCCUGCUGGUUCUCUGCCCUAUGGGGGCCAGCCUGUGGUCGCAGCUGGGCUGGGUGUUGACGGAAAGUCUGGAGGGUACGGAGCUGGCCCAGUGCCUUUGGGGCUUAGUCCUGAUGCCAGCCUGGGUGCAGGACUUGAACCUGUCAAUGGGAAAUUUGGUGGUAUGGGACAGCUUCCUUACAAUGGCGCCCCAGUCAUCCCAGCUGGGCUAGAGGGUGAUGGUGGGUAUCCAUAUGGCGCUGCUCAGCAACUUGGCUUGGGAGCUGAUGCAGGCAAAUCUGCCAGCAAAUAUGGGGAUGCUGGGGCAGCUCUUGGUGCCCAGCCCUCUCAGCCUGGACCACAGACUGGGGGCAAACCUAAAUGCAAAAAUGGAAAUGGCAGAGGAUAUGGAGGACCUCAGCCAGCAGCCUAUGCUGGGCCACUGGCAGCCAGCCAGGGUGGCUAUGGAGGCAAAGACGGAAACAAGUAUGGUAUGAACGGCUACUAUGGCAAUGGCUACAAAGGUUGAUUGACAAGGCCUCAGCAACAAGAAGUGAAUUUGUGUUGAUUCCCGCUUGUGUUCUCUGUGUUUGUGUUGAGCUGUUUUCUGUCAUGUGUCUUUAUGUGCUUUUAAUUCAUUUGUGUGUUGAUUUUUUUUGUUUUGUUUGUUUGUUUUUGUAAUUGUGGUGUUGUUUUUGUCUGACCAUCCUCCUUCUGUGUUGCCCCCUAAGUGUUGCGUGCCAUGUUGUCUCUGUAUCUUUGCUGAAUUUGACAUGAAGUCUGCUGUUUGAUGGUUUCUGCACAUGAAACACUAAACAGUUUUUUUUUUCACCCCAAA